UGAUAGAAUAUGUAAAUAUUAAUUAGAAGAUUUUGUAGUCUACUAUUUUAGGUUAGCAUAUUUUGUAUAUUGUGUAAUCUCCUAUUUUAGGUUAGAAUAUUAUUCUCCUGUUUUGUAUAUAAACCAAUUCAAGUAAUGAAAGGAGGGAAGGGAAAAUAUUUCUUACAUGGUAUCAGAAUAGGGUUUCUUUCUUCUUCCUCCUUCCGCUACGCCGUAAAUCCCUAUUUUUUGUUUUCCUCCCUAAGCCGUCGCCCCCUUCCUUUCUUUUCCCAUGGCCGACGCACCAACCACCCCGGCUAAGCCCACGUUCCACCCGGCCCUCGCGGUCUCCAAUAUCAAGAAUCACAUCUCUGUUACUCUUGAGAUGGAAAACUCACAAUAUGGUACAUGGGCCGAGCUUUUCAAAAUUCAUGCUCGUUCUCACAAGGUCCUUCAUCACAUCAUUCCUCCACCUAAGGGUAAGGAGAAGCCGGCUCCCAAAACUGAUGAGGAAAUUGAAUUAUGGACCACCAUUGACGCCACCGUGAUUCAAUGGAUUUAUUCGACGAUUUCGAAUGAUCUGUUAAACACUAUCCUCGAACCGGAUGCUACUGCCAUGGAGGCUUGGGACCGCUUACGUGAUAUCUUCCAAGAUCAUCAAACUUCUCGUGCGGUGACUCUUGAACAAGAAUUCACGACGACUCGUAUGGAGGAUUUUUCCAAUGCCUCCGCCUAUUGUCAACGUCUCAAGAGCCUUGCCGAUCAACUGAAAAACGUUGGGGCUCCCGUGACGAAUAGCCGCCUUGUCCUUCAACUGGUCUCGGGUCUCACUGAUGCAUACAAAGGGGUUGGGACACAAAUUCGCCAUGCAAAGCCGCUCCCACCAUUCACUGAGGCUCGGUUUUCUUUUGUUUUGGAAGAACGUGAACUUGCGGCUAUGGUGUCUCACGGGUCUGGCUCGGCUAUGGUGGCCUCGGUCGACGACGCGCCACUCCCCUCGGAUAACUCAAGCUCACGCCGAGGGAAAUAAAAAAA